GAGGAUCAGGAUAGCCAACAACUUUAUAGCUUAGAUGUUCUAAGAGUGGAAGAUCGGGGUGAGAACGAUCAACUUGAUGUGCACAGAGAGUUUAAGGAGAACAUUGUUCAUGACAUAAACGGGAGAUACGAGGUAAAAGUUCCUUGGAUUCCAGGGACUCAGUUGAGUGAGACAAAUGAAACGCAGAGUAGAUUACAUUUGAAGCGAGUGGAGAGGAAACUUGAGCAAGAUGAGUGUUUGCCGAAGGAUUACGAAAAGAUCAUUAUUGACCAUGUUGCGUCCGGAAUAAUAGAGAAAGCGCCUGAAACGCCAACUAGGGAGCUGGUUUCUUACAUGCCUCAUAAACCUGUAGGCCAACAAAGUGCAAUUACGACAAAAACUCGGAUGGUUUUCGAUGCCAGCGCCAAACCACAACCUAUUUCAAGCAGUGUGAAUGAAUGCAUGUACCCAGGCCCUCCUUUACAACCCCUGUUAUGGGACCUACUAGUCCGAGCACGAAUGUCACCAUACCUAUUGAUUGGAGAUAUCGAGAAGGUGUUCCUUCAAAUUGGCCUUAGCGAAGAAGAUCGGGAUGCGUUUCGCUUUCUUUUCAAUAUAAACGGUAGAGAGGAACGUAUACCAUUCGGCGCAGAAGCCAGUCCCUUCAUGUUAGGUGCAACGCUAGAAUAUCAUUAUGAUCAACAGUCAGAUGCAGUGAGUGAGACGGUGAGCAUACUCAGAGAGAACACUUAUGUAGACAACCUGAUGAUGACGGGGACCCAGGUCGAAGAUCUGCAGAAAUUCAAGACAGAAGCCACCGGAGUACUAAAGAGUGGGAAUUUUCCAGUGCAUAAAUGGGAGGGCAACGUGGUUAGCCUAGAAAGUGCAAACAUGCCAAACCCCGGAAAAAUAUUAGGACACGUUUGGAACAAAACCGAGAACACUCUGAAGGUUCAGUUACAAGAUAAUGAUGACGGGAAGCUAACCAAGAGAGCUAUUCUUAGUAGAUUGGGAAGAGCCUAUGACCCAUUAGGAAUUAUUUCACCGACAAUGAUUGAGGGCAAGCGGAUCCAUCGUGAUUCAUGCGAGGAACAGAAGAGUUGGAAUGCAGAAGUUUCCCCUGCACUCAUAAGGCAGUGGAAUAAAUAG